GAGCAGCCGGACCUCCACAAAGACAUGACCAAGGACGACUUCAUGGAGCGCCACCGGGCCUGGUGCUGCUCCACGGUCCCAGAACCAGCUGUGUGUGGGAUCAGUCGGAUCUGGGUCUUCAGCCUGGCCCGACGCCAGGGCAUCGCCACGCGCAUGCUGGACACCGUCAGGAGCACCUUCACGUACGGCAGCCAUCUCGCCAAGGAGGAAGUCGCCUUCUCCGACCCGACGCCCGACGGGAAACUGUUCGCUACGAAGUACUCCGACACGCCCACGUUCCUGGUUUACAACUUUGUAGCAUGAGUUAAAUAUAAAAACUGUUGAUUAACUGUUGAUUUGGAAGAAAUAUUAACAUCUCUCCAGGCUGUUGUUAAUAUUAUCUUUCAUAUGCAAAGCAACUCGUUCAGUUUAAUAUG